AUGGGAUUUCUUCGUGAUAUUUGUAACAGUACAUUUAUUGCAAUUUUGGUGCUUAACUCUACAGAAGCAGUUGAAUAUUCUGAAAAAGAUGAGGGAUAUGCACAAGGAUUUAUUCCAAUCUGUCCUGGUUAUUCGAAGCCAGCCGACAUCAAACCGGAACAUUUAAACAAGAUAAAGAUCUCAGUGUUGGGCAGCGGCUCGCUUCUGCAAGCCAAUUGGACUUCUUACAACUACCGCAACGUGAAAGCAUUAGCCAAGGAUCCAAACGUUGACUUCAGAAGAAAGACGAUUGUGUAUUGCCCCGGUUAUUUGGAUUCGACUGCGAUACCCGUAGGAAGAAGCAUGCUGGUGCUCUAUAAGAAAUUGGGGUAUAAUGUGUUGAUCUUGGAAUUCAUACAAUUCACUACGAAUAUAUUACCAGUAGUUAUCCGUUUAAUGCGUCCUGUCGGAAAGCACGUCGCUGAAAUGCUAGCCAACCUGACGACGGUCGGUCUUGACCCGAAAAAGCUUGAACUGAUUGGCCUCAGCCUUGGAGGCGUGUCCAUGGCCUUCGUAGCCAAGAACUUCCAGCAAAUUACUGGUAGGAACAUCUCAAAACUCACCGCUCUCGACCCUACUGGACCCUGCGUCAGACAUGUUGGGCCUAUGGAUAGGUUAGACCCGUCCGAUGCUGACUUCGUCUUACACGUCGCAACAAACACCGAAGGAUAUGGCAUAGGCACUCCAGUUGGACAUAUAUCAGUCUACGUCAAUGGAGGAGAGUACCAGCCUGGUCUACUUCCAUCGUUUCUGUGCGAUGAUUUAUGCAGUCACCUGCAGGUGUUGUUUAUAUGGCUUUCGGCAUUGGAAAGUCCUGGCAAGUUCAUCAUGAUGCAAUGUGAUUCUUUACAGCAAGCGAGAGAUCACAACUGUUUUGAGAGGAAACCGAUGGUAACGAACACGCUAGAUCUAUAUACGGAUAGUAAUAAGCCGGGUAUUUAUUACUUGGCAACGAAGCCUCAAUACCCAUAUUAUUUGGGUAAGAAAGGCUUGAAACGGAGUGGCGCGGACACUUUGAGCCACAUUAAAAACCUUAAUGCUGUUGACGUGCUGCGGGUUUAAUUAAAUGAAAAGAAUAUCUUUCAUAUUAAGAACAUGAAAGAGAUCAAAUAAAAGCAGUUUC